ACGCGAGUAUGUCCGACAGCUCUUGAAGGCAGCAUCGUUCCUGCGAGCGGAGGCACUUUUCUCCUCCUAUCAGCGCCAUUGUGUGACAGAGUCUCGGGGAGCAAGGAGGACGGUUUGUCCUUCUGUAGCCGACGGGACUCUUUAAAUACCCUCCAUGUUUCUCUUUCAAACUCCGGCGGACCUGGAUGUGAUAUAUGUUCGGUAAAGGUGCGAAGCGGAAGCUGGACGAGGAUGAAGAGGGGCUGGAAGGCAAAACGCUGGAGGCGCCGGUGGCGGGAGGGGGAAUAGGCCUCGGUCCGGAGGGCCUGUCCAAGGUGUCGUACACCCUGCAGCGGCAGACCAUCUUUAACAUCUCCUUGAUGAAGCUGUAUAGCCAGCGGCCGCUCGGCGAGCCCAGCCUGGAGCGCCGCGUUUUAAUCAACAACAUGCUGCGACGCAUCCAGGAUGAACUCAAGCAGGAAGGCUCCCUGCGGCCACUGCUCUUGCCACCCUCGCCGCCUCCUGACGACCCCAUGGACGAGGGCUACCGUGAGGCACCGCCCUCCUUUGGUGUUUUGUCAGUGGCAUCGGCAGCACAGGUAUCCCAGCCUUCUACGCUGUUGAUGCCGGUGAUCGUUCCACCACCUUCACCCCACCCAAUGGUGCCUCCCAACUGCCAGGCAUCCCAGGCCUGCUCAAACCGUGUGGAGGCCUUCCCCGCCCCUUUGGAAGCCUGCCUCACUCCAGCCUCUUUACUGGAGGAGGAUGGUGGAGAUUCAGCCUUUUGUACUUCAUCCCCACCCACUCCUCCUCUGUCGCCUCCACCGGUGCAGCCUCCUCCGUUACCUUCGGCACUUCUGAGCCAGGCGUCCCCCGGGGUCCCUGUGCCCGCCUCGUCCAAUGACAGUUUCCCCUCCGCUCGGAGUGACAUGGAGUUGUGUACUUCCACAGCCAUAACAAGAACAGAAGCAGCUAAUACUACGACCGUGACUACCUCCCCAGCUCCCACGCCACUCACCCAGCCCUCCCACUUAGCAGCCCUCUCCCCAGCACCCAAAGACUGCAGGACAAUGGGUGCUAAACCAGAGGCAGCUGGCGUCUUGCUAGUCGAAGCCUGCUGUGCCGAUCUCCGGCCGAUGGACACUUUGCCCACACUGCCCCCUGUUGGCCUAGUAGACAUUUCUUCCUCUUCCUCUUCUUCCUCUCCCUCGGGGUUUCUCUCAGACUUGGCACUGGACGACGUCCUGUUCGCCGACAUCGACACGUCCAUGUAUGACUUUGAUCCCUGUACGACAGCGGGGGCUGUGGGCGCGGCGGCAGGUGGUGGACUCACCAAACUGUCGCCGGUGGUGACGGCGGACGACCUCCUCAAAUCGCUGGCAUCGCCGUACAGCGGCCCUGCCCCCCAGGUUUCAGCCAAUCAGCCUUUCAAAAUAGAUCUGACAGAACUGGACCACAUCAUGGAGGUGUUGGUGGGCUCGUAACUCGCCAACACCACCACCUCAGAAACACAGACAGUUUCAUAUGGCGAACAGACUGGAAUGAUUUGGUUAUUUUCCUGGUUGUUGUUUUUAUGUUUUUUUUAAAAAAACUCUCUUCAAAGGUCGGUAAUUGUAAACGUCGAUAGUGAUGUCACUUAGUACUACUAUGACAACUACUACUACACAACACUGUGCAUGCACUGUGCUCGCCUUUCCAAAUAUGGAAAAGAAGUAACCGGGAAACAAAGAGACACAUACAUUUGUAUUUCUAUAUUUGUGAGGACCUCCAUUGAUUCCAUUCAUUCCCUAAUCCUAAUUUAAACCUAAUCAUAGUUUUACUCUUUAACCUGAACCUAAGCCUUAAUCCUAAAAAGUAACUGUAAAUAGAAAAAACUAAUUGUGAAAAAUUGUCCUCACUCUGGAGGAUUUUUGCAAUCAUUCUAUCCUUGUACUCCUCACAGGUAUAGUAAUACAAGUGAACACACAUAGACAUGACACACACACACACAAACACACUGAAAUCAUGGCUUUUAGCAGAUGAGUGCCUUUCAAAAUGACCACUUCUUCAAUUCCUGUUUUUACAGUAUUUGUCUUUUUUCUAGUUCUUUUCACUUUAACAGCCUAGAGAGGUCAAUCCUCAAUGUUUUUUUUUAUUUAUUAUAUUGUGUUAAAACUAUUAUUAAGUAAGGUAAUUUGUUAUGAUCAAAUAAUUAUUUAAUCUUUAUCUUAUUACAUAUGCUAUGUUUAUUUGUAAAGCAAGCAUAAAAAGGUUUUACAAGGAA